CCACCUCAAACGCUCCAACGCCUCUCCACGCCCGCGAGGCCCGCCCAUUCCUCAUUCCUCAUUCCUCAUUCCCAUCCCCUCUCUGCCCCGAUCUUCUCCACACCUACCCUACCCUACCCUAGCCUACCUGGGUAACCUGGGUCCUCUCGCGCUAACUCCUGUUACAGUAGUACGAACGACCGACACCGACCUCCCCAUCUAGGGAAAGUCCCUCCCUCUUUUAACGCCGUCAGCCUGCCAUGCCUGCCCUGCCAUUGGACGGGAUAGAUACCUACCCUCGGCUGUCAGCCCCCAGCGCGGAAAUGCUAGCCUUGUCGCCCUCCAUCAAUCAAUGAGACGCUCGCCGUGAGACGUGCGUGCGGGUUCGGGACCAGAUGCACCGAUAGCCUCGGGGGGAGGCGGCCAGCCAGCGCGCCACUGACACCCAGGGAGAAAGCUUGAUGGUACUGUGGUGAAAAAGAAGAGAUGGCGUUGCGGAUGCGACGUUCCAUGCUAGAUGUGAUUCGCUGCGAGGGGGGGGUGCCGGUGUGCCACACGGAAGAAAUGAGCCUGCAGGCCCUGCACUGCAGGUCAUGGUCAUGGGGGGGUUAUGAGGUGAGUGGAGGUGGAGGGAGAGGGAGGGAGGCGCUGGGGAUGUGACCUGUCUAAGCUGUCUAACCUACCUAAACCCAACCUAAUACCUAGCUCUGUGGAGCUUAGUUGGACUUGACUUGACUUGACUUGACGGGGACUUGACUGAAGAAAGUAGAGCAGGUACGGGUACGAGUAGAGUAGUGCUCGUUCCUGCUCUGCUCUGCUCUGCUCUGCUCGUGCAAGCCAGCUUGGCCUGGCUCCUGGCUCCUGGCUCCUGGCUCCUGGCCAACCGGCUCGGACAACUCGUGUACGUACGGGGUAGGUCAAACCCGGGGACAUGCGUGCCAGCCAGAAAGCAGCAAGCAAGCAAGCAAGCAAGCAAGCAAGCAAGCAAGCAAGCUUAGCUUCAUCUGUUCAUUCACACUCGCACUCGCACUCGCACUGGCACCACGUCCAACUAAUCAACCCCAUCACAGGGAUCCAGCCGGGGUAAGUAAGUAGAGUAGAGUAGACCAGACCAGGUACGGAAAAGGGACCAAGUAAAAAAAACAUUAAAAGGCCCCCUUCCCCCCGCGUCAAGUCGCGUUCCCCGUUCUCCUCUUUCUUACCAGCAGUUCCAUCAGAACCUGACUGGACUCCUCGUCGACACCAGCAAUAUCAUCGGCAACGACAUCGACAACCUGACAGACAGACAGAUAACCGUCAACAUGGAUUCCUCCGAGAAGCCACACCACGCAACGGAGGUUGAGGCCCACCCUUCCUCCAACAAUGGCCCUAUCUACGAUACGUACGAGAAGGUCGACUACAACCGAUCUGGUGCCAUCGACGCAGAGAAGAUCGAGUUUGAUAUGACCGUCUUGCAAGCCGUCAAGGCCUACCCCGCUGCCAGUUGGUGGGCAUUCGUCAUGUCCUGCACCAUUAUCAUGGAAUCCUACUGCGUCUUCCUCAUGGGCCAAUUCAUCGCCACCAAGAAGUUCGCCGAGGAUUUCGGCGUCCCCAGCACCACCAACCCGGGAGAAUUCAUCAUCGUCGCCUCAUGGCAAUCCGCCUUCCAGUGUUCCGGCCCCGUAGGCGCCUUCAUCGGAGUCUUCAUCGCCGGACCCAUCACCUCUUGGAUCGGGUACCGCUGGGCGACGAUCGGCGGUCUCAUGGCCCUCAAUGCCUUCAUCUUCAUCUUCUAUUUCGGUAACUCCCAGGGCAUGUUCUUCGCUGCUCAGAUCCUGGAGGGUAUCCCCUGGGGAAUCUUCAUCGCAAAUGCGCCGGCGUAUUGUGCGGAGAUUGUGCCCAUGAGAUUGAGAGCCCCGGCUACGCAGAUGUUGCAGAUGUUCUGGGCUAUUGGUGCGAUUAUCGUUGGUGGUAUCACUUAUCAUUAUCAAUCGAGGAAUGAUGCCUCUGCUUACAGAAUCCCCAUCGCCCUCCAAUGGAUGUUCCCCACCCCUCUCGCAAUCCUCCUUUACAUCGCCCCCGAAUCCCCAUGGUGGUUGGUCCGCAAGGGUCGUCUCGUGGAGGCCGAGAAGGCAGUCAAGCGACUCGGCCGUUCCAGCGCAAACGACAACCCCGCCGACGCAGUCUCCAUGAUGAGACGUACCAUCGAGCUUGAGAAGACCGAGAAAGCACCUAGUUUGAUCGAGCUCUGGAAGGGAACAGAUAGAUACAGGACUUUGAUCGUGUGUGGUGUUUAUGCCAGUCAGAAUCUGACGGGUAACUUGAUUGCCAACCAGGCUGUGUACUUCUUUAAGCAAGCAGGAAUGGCAGACAACACCGCCUUCGCCCUCGGCCUCAUCACCUCCGCCCUCCAAUGGAUAAUGGUCAUGGCCUCCUGGGUUCUAACCACCUACCUCGGCCGCCGCACCAUCUACGUCUACGGGCAAUUCAUCUCGUGCGCCUUCCUCGUCGCCCUGGGAAUCGCCGCCUCAGUAGGGAAAUCCACCGCCGCAUCCAACGCCCAAGCCUCCCUCGGCCUCAUCGUCUCCGUCCUCUUCUGCCUCGGCCCCGCCCCCGCCUCCUGGGUCAUAAUCGGCGAAACCUCCUCUGUUAGACUUCGCCCGCUCACCACGGGAAUUGGCCGCGGCGCUUAUUACCUGGUUAAUAUCCCGUGUAUCUUCCUCGCGAGCUAUAUGCUUAAUACGGAUAAGUGGAAUUUGGGAGGCAAGAGCGGAUAUGUCUGGGCAGGGACGGCGUUCAUCUGUACGGCUAUGGCGUGGUGGUGGGUUCCUGAGAUGAAGCAUAGGAGUUUCCGCGAGAUUGAUAUCUUGUUUAAGAGGAGGGUGCCUGCGCGGAAGUGGAAGAAGACCGUGGUGGAUAUUAAUGAUGAUGAGUAGAUGACUUUUUUUUUAUUCAUUCACUCGUUCCAUUCGUCUGUUGAGGGUUGGUGGGAGGGUGGAGUUGGAGGUGGGUGUUGAGUUGUGGUUUGUUGUUGUUGUUGGGAUUGUUCGGUUAGGAGAGCCGAGAACGAUAUAAGUGGGAGUCAAGUCAAACCAGAGAAAGUUCUUACUCUAGUAGAUACUGUUAGGUAUAUUGUAGUCAAAUCCAAUUCACUUCAAGAAGAGAG